AAAUACAUAUCUCAACAAGAACAAAAGAAGACAUGGAAACUCUACUCUGUUCACAAAAACCCCCUCUCCACGCACCACAAAUUCCUCCAACAUCUGAACCAAACACCAGUCCAAUUCUCAACCCAACAGCCAAACAAACACCAACCCAUGAUCCGAAAUCAUGGAAACUACAAGCCAAUGCCAAAGGCUUCGCAGGAAGAUCGCCGGCGAAAGGAAGACCCAAAAAACCAGAAACAACAGUCAGACACAGAACCAGCGAAGACGAUGACGAGAUUCCAAAAGAGGUUUUUUAUAGGAUUAUAAAAAGAAUUCUAGUCUCUGUGGGCGUUCCGAUGGCUCUUGGUCUUCUGUCGCUGCAGAUUUUUGGUGUAAUUAUAGAGCAGAAGCUGUGGGAUGUACCGAGAUGGGUUCCUAUCUUGGCGACUUUGUUGACUUUUGGGUCGUCCACUAUUGGGCUUGCUUAUGGGGCCUUGUCUGCAAGCUUGGAUCCAGAGAAGAAAGGUUCAGUUCUUGGGCUUGAAGAAGCCCAACAAAACUGGGCCGAGAUGUGGAGAGACGAUGAAGAGCGCAAGAAGCGAUGAAUUUAUUCCCAUAUUUGAUAUUUAGCAUCUUAAGAAUAUUGUUUAGGUUGAAUUGUGUUCAGGACUUGAGGCACUUAUAUCUUAUAUAUGGCACUACUAUUUUAUUUUUUAAGACAAA